AUGUUUUUUACUUUUUCUUUCAUUUUUUUCUGUUUCUCUUUCUUUCAUUUCCGAAGUAACACUGGUGAUGUUGUUAGAAGUGAAGUCGGAGUUUUUGUAAACGAUGAUAUUCUCUUUUUCAGUGACAGGUCUAUUUUUACUGUUGAAUAUGUUUGUUUUUCUGAAGAUGGACGUGUUUUCGUCGGAGAAGACAAUCAAAAUUUUGUCGGGGAAGAUGACAUAAUAGUCGCCGGAGGUGUUGCCGGAAUACUUCAUUUUUUUUUUUACUUUUUGAAUGAAUUAGAAAGAUUUUGA